AUCAGUAAGUUAUGAUAGCCCCAAUAAUAAAUGUCAACAUAACUGGAAGUGAAAUCCUCUGACACUUCACUACGACUUCGCAUCCUUAACGCCAACGCUUCUGUCUCCAUCACUCACUCACUCUCAAAUCCCCAUCAUUUCAUUUUACUCAAAAUCUCAUCACAUGGGUCGUCAAGAAACACUAAAUCCUGAUCGAAACUCGUCCUAUUUUCGAUACAAUUCCCCGUUCGUUCAGGUGAUCCUGAUUGGCCUGGUCUGUUUCUGUUGUCCCGGAAUGUUCAAUGCCUUAUCCGGCAUGGGCGGCGGCGGCCAGGUGGACCCCACCGCCGCCAACAAUGCCAACACUGCACUCUACACAGCCUUCGCAAUUUUCGGGAUCUUGGGUGGUGGAAUUUACAAUAUAUUAGGCCCUCGGCUCACACUCUUUGCAGGUUGCUCUACUUACAUUCUCUACGCAGGCUCUUUUUUGUACUACAAUCAUUUCAGGCACCAGGUGUUUGCUGUUGUGGCUGGAGGCUUUCUCGGUGUCGGCGCGGGCUUGCUGUGGGCUGGACAGGGCGCAAUCAUGACAUCCUAUCCCCCAGCUGGUAGGAAAGGGACUUACAUUUCUAUGUUUUGGAGUAUUUUUAAUAUGGGAGGUGUUAUUGGUGGUUUGAUUCCGUUUAUCUUGAAUUAUAAUAGAAGUGAAGCUAGUUCGGUUAAUGAUGGGACUUAUAUAGGGUUUAUGGUCUUUAUGGCUAUUGGUACUCUUCUUGCUCUGGCAAUUUUACAUCCUAGUCAGGUUAUUCGAGAGGAUGGUUCUGUGUGUACAAAUAUUAGGUACUCUGAUGUGAGGACGGAGUCGUGGGCGAUUGUGAAGCUGUUCUUGGAUUGGAAAAUGUUGUUGAUGUUUCCGGCCUUUUGGGCUAGUAAUUUCUUUUAUAGUUAUCAGUUUAAUAAUGUGAAUGGGAUUUUGUUUAAUUUGAGGACUAGAGGUCUGAAUAAUGUGUUCUAUUGGGGAGCACAGAUGAUGGGGUCUGUUAUGAUUGGUUAUAUUAUGGAUUUUAGUUUUAAGAGUAGGAGGAUGAGGGGUUUGGUUGGUAUUUCUGUUGUGGGAGUUCUUGGGACAGCUAUUUGGGGUGGAGGGCUUGCCAAGCAGCUUGGAUAUUCUCGCGAAGAUAAGCCUGAGAAACUUGAUUAUAAGGAUUCUGGUUCGGAUUUUGCUGGACCGUUUGUUUUGUAUUUUAGUUAUGGAUUAUUGGAUGCGAUGUUCCAGAGCAUGGUUUAUUGGGUUAUUGGAGCUUUAGCUGAUGAUUCUGCUAUACUCAGCAGAUAUAUUGGAUUUUACAAGGGAGUGCAGAGUGCAGGAGCAGCUGUUGCUUGGCAAAUUGAUACGCAUAAGGUGUCAUUUAUGUCUCAAUUGGCUGUGAAUUGGGGACUCUGCACCAUAAGUUAUCCGUUAUUGGUGAUUUUAGUCGUAUUGGCUGUGAAAGAUGAAGGCAAAGUUGAAGAGGGAACUGACAACGAGGUUGCACUUUCAGAGAUUAUACCAGAUUCUACACAGAAUGCAAAAGGUGGGCUGAGCAAGUCGACUUAAUCUCGAGUAUCAUCUUUAUUCAAAGAUUCUAGUGUUAAUUAACCGCCUUUAAGUGCAUGUAACUAUGAAACUUAUAGUUUCAAUAAAAGUAUGAAAUUAUAAAUGUAUUGUUUCACAAGUAGUAUUAAGUAUAUAGAUUAAGAUGUAUAAAGCCUUUUUGUUGUGUAUAA